AUGGCGCUUCUGGCAGUCACUCAGCCCCUCAAAGAGCUACAUUCAGCCAGCCAGAUGUUACCAACAGGGGCCAAACCUAAGAUUACACUGGACCCCUACAUACGCCUCAAAUCAGACAAGUUAGACUUGGCUUUGUCCUUCCUUGGGUUGGAUGUCACAGAAGAGAAGAGGAAGAAGUUAAGACAGAGUCUGACCCCAGACCCACAAGGCACUGUGGCCUAUGGAGACUUCGUGGAGGCCACCCGGAACACCUUCCAGGAGAACCUGGAGGAGUUGGGUUUAGGGGCGGGUCCCUUCAUGUUUUCCUAUCACGAAGCAGCGAGUUUGAUGGACACAUCGGCCUUCCACUCCCCUACAUAUGAGUCAGAAUGCAGCUACAGCAGUGAGGAGAUGGAGCAGUUUCAGACAGAGGUGAAGCAGCUGCAAACCCAGAUGAAACAGCUCAAGGUGAUGCUGAAGGACAUGGAGCACAGCAAGAAAACCCUGGAGGAGGAGCUGCAGAAGACCUCAGAGAAAGCAUGUUUGACUGUGGAGGAGAACACCCGUCUGAAGAGUCGUCUGCAGGCGGCCGAGGCCGAGGCAGGGCAGCGGCAGGCUAGCGGUGCAGAGCAAGACUACGAGGAGGUCAUCCAGCUACUGGAGGCUGAGAUCAGAGACUUGAAGAACCAGCUGGCCAGCAAGAGGCAAGCACGAGGAGUGGAGGCCACCAAGGUGAGUCUCAAGCAGUGUUCUCUGUGUGCAUUUUUCACCUGCACCAUCGUGUGUUUUUCUUCAUCCACAGCAGAUAUCCAGAUGCAGAUAUCAUAUUAUUACCAGGUGGAAAUUGACUUUUACUCAGAGGUCUAA